AUGAAGGAUAGGGAAGAUACAAAGUAUGCAAAAGCUGAAAAGAAUAUGGCUCCGAAGGUCGUUUCCGAAGAUCGCAAACGAAUUGAGUACAACGUGAAGGUGAAAUUGGCUGAAGUGCCGAAGGAAUCGAAGUUGAAGAAGUUAGCCACUGAAUACAGAAAAAUCGAUACCAAGCGAUACGGUACCUUCGGUCUCCAGAACUUGAACAUUGACGACAUGAGCUUUUCGAAAUCUUGCACUUGCUUAAAAUUUUCGAUGUCCUAUGAAGGUCUUCCGCUCAACGGUCAAAAGAUUGUGACAAUGAAAGAAAGUCUAAAAAAUACGAUUGAAGCACUGCUGGAAUCAUCGAAGCACAUGAAUGAAGCGGGUUCGCAGCCGGUGCUUUCGCACCUGCUUCUGGAACUGACGUCGCUCUCUGAGCUAAGUUUCCCUACUACUUCGUCGUCGAGAAUCAAAUUUACAUCGUUAUCCGCAUCUCUGCGCUACCUUGCCGUCGGAUCGAGCAGUGGUAGUGUCUAUCUGUUUUCGCGCUAUGCGUUCAAACAGCUUCGCAGACCAAGCAAAAUUCCAGUGAAAGUACAUCCGUGCAAGGAUGGUGCCGUUACUCUUCUUCAGACAUCCCCUGAUGAACAGUACAUUGCCGUUGCAGCUGCGAGAGGAUCGCUGAACAUUCUCAAUAUCUCCAAAGAGCAGCCCACGCAGUUUAUGUUGAAUGUUCUUCACUGUGGUUGGGAAAUAACUUGCAUCUUUUGGGCGCCCGACAGCGAAACGAUAUUCACUGGUGACUGUGGGGGCCGAAUUUCGGUUACUCGAAUCAGGAGCAAAAUUUCAUUCAAAACCGGGCCAGAAGUUUUGUUCACGCUCGACAGCUCGAUAGUGCAGAUCGAUUUCACCCGACAAACGCUGUUAGUAUCCACGAAGACCAAGACUGUUCUGUGUGAUUUAAACAGGGGAUAUGAGAUUGGCGGAAGGAGUUCUUCAUGGUUUUUAAGGGAACUGUCUCCUACAGUGGCUUCAAGUACUUUCAUCUCAGUUUGUGGUAAAGACAGUUUCUUCUGAAC